UUCAAUUCGCCUGCGGUCUGCCCUUUCGUCGACGAUAUCAACUCUCUUCUUUCGGGCCCCUUCCCUGCUACGUCUGUUUACCCCCAAGCCGAUCAAACCCUAACCUCGCCUCUGAUAGUGAGAAUGGCGAAUUCGUAUGACUACGAUGAUGCUUCGUUUGAUUCCAGGUACGCCCGGCCUCCGUCCUCCGGCCAGGGAGGCGGGGCCGCUGCCGAGCUCAGCUACGACCCUAACUUCGUGCCGGAUUCCGUGAAGACCUUCGUCGUCCACCUAUACCGCCACAUUCGCGAGAAGAACGUGUACGAGAUCCACCAGAUGUACGAGGGCAGCUUCCAGCGGCUCAGCGACCGCAUGUUCCGCGAGAAUCCCUGGCCUUCCGUGGAGGCCAUCGCUCCCUAUGUCGACAACGAUCAUGUCUUCUGCCUGCUUUACCGUGAGAUGUGGUUCCGCCACGUCUACGCUCGGCUCGCACCCACGGGGCAGCAGCGAGUGGAAUCCUGGGACAACUAUUGCAGUCUUUUCGGGGUGGUGCUCCAUGGGGUCGUCAGCAUGCAGCUGCCGAACCAGUGGCUGUGGGAUAUGGUGGAUGAGUUCGUUUAUCAAUUCCAGUCUUACUGCCAGUACCGAGCAAAACUUAAGAACAAGACCGAGGAGGAGUUGCAGCUUCUUCGGCAGUACGACCAGGCAUGGAAUGUAUAUGGAGUGUUGAAUUACUUGCAAGCGUUGGUUGAGAAAUCAGCUAUUGUUGAUAUCUUGGAAAGAGAGAAAGAUGGCCUGGAACAAUUCACUGCUACUGAUGGUUAUGAUUAUGAAGGUGGAACUAGCAACGUCCUGAAAAUGCUAGGUUAUUACAGCAUGAUUGGUUUGCUGAGAGUUCAUUGCCUUUUGGGAGAUUAUCAUACUGGGUUGAAGUGUUUAGGCCCUAUUGACAUCAGUCAACAAGGUGUUUACAUGAUCGUGAUUGGAAGCCACAUAUCUAUCAUAUAUCACUAUGGAUUUGCAAACCUAAUGCUAAGAAGGUAUGUUGAAGCAAUACGUGAAUUCAAUAAAAUCCUACUAUAUAUUCUGAAGUACAAGCAAUAUCAUCAGAAGUCCCCACAGUAUGAUCAGAUACUUAAGAAAAAUGAACAAAUGUAUGCGCUAUUAGCUAUUUGUUUGUCACUAUGUCCACAAAGCAAUAUCAUUGAGGAGAAUGUAAACAUACAAUUGAGGGAUAAAUACAAUGAGAAGAUGACAAAGAUGCUAAGAUAUGAUGAUGAAGCAUAUGCUGUGUAUGACGAGCUCUUCACAUAUGCCUGCCCAAAAUUCAUUACCCCAUCAGCUCCUGUUCUCGAGGAAUCCCUUAUAAAUUACAACCAGGAUGCAUACAGGCUGCAAUUGAAAUUGUUUCUUUAUGAAGUAAAGCAGCAACAAUCACUUUCAGGUCUACGCAGUUUCUUGAAGUUGUACUCUGCCAUAUCAAUUGGGAAACUUGCUGCAUAUAUGGAAGUGGAUGAAUCCACUAUGAGAACAAUUUUGCUGGCAUACAAACAUAAGAUGCAUUCUGUUGAUAGUGAUGGAAAGAUUAUUCCUAAUGCAGAUAUAGACUUCUACAUUAGUGAGGACAUCAUUCAUGUGGUGGAGUCUAAACCAACGAAGCAUUAUGGUGAUUACUUUUUGCGUCAGGUCUUAAAGUUUGAGGAGAUGAUCAGUGAACUGGACAGAGUAAAGUUGGAUUGAUCUUUGAUGAGAAUGCUUUCAGUUUUGACAUUGUUUUGCAGGAAAUCUUCUAUUAUCUUAUUUUUGGUAUCAGUUAAUUCUCCUCUGCGGAACUUACAUUCACACUGUAAUAGCUAUCUUUAUUAUUCUUUGCUAUUUAUUGCGGUUUUAGAUUAUAGAGGCUGAUGACCCCAUUGCCUCGUUAACUUGUACCUUCAAUCUAGUAAGUGUCAUACAAUGUGGUCUUUUAGAUUUUCGACAUUUCCUACUCUGGUUUACUCAUACAGCCCAAGGAUCAGGUUACUGAUUUCUUGUAGCUGAAGAUGUCAUUGUUUUUAUUACA